AGGAAUAUCCCCCGUGGGAGGAUGGCCACGACAGACGGGGGACAGAUUAGAUUCAGCGGACAUACACUGGAUAAAGCCACCAAGGCAAAAGUUCAUCUGGAGAAUUACUAUUCAAACCUCAUUUCACAGCACCUCGAGAGGAAAAGCAGGCAUGAAAGGUUAGAGGAGUCAAUGAAGGAGGAGGGUUUAUCUGAACAACAGAAACAAGAAAAAAGGAAUCAACAUGCUAUGAAAGAAACAGAGUUCCUGAGAUUGAAGCGUUCCAGACUAGGGGUGGAGGACUUUGAACCACUAAAAGUGAUAGGACGAGGAGCUUUUGGAGAAGUUCGCCUUGUUCAAAAGAAGGAUACUGGCCAUGUUUAUGCAAUGAAAAUUCUUCGAAAAGCAGAUAUGGUAGAAAGAGAACAGGUUGCUCAUGUGAGGGCUGAGAGAGAUGUACUAGUAGAAGCUGAUCAUCAGUGGGUUGUGAAGAUGUAUUAUAGCUUUCAAGAUGCUAUUAACUUGUACCUCAUUAUGGAGUUUCUUCCUGGAGGAGACAUGAUGACUCUUCUAAUGAAAAAGGAUACCCUGUCAGAAGAAGUAACCCAGUUCUACGUAGCAGAGACAGCUUUAGCCAUUAACUCCAUCCACAAGCUGGGCUUUAUUCAUAGGGACAUUAAGCCUGACAACUUGCUACUUGAUGCUAGAGGUCAUAUAAAGCUAUCUGACUUUGGACUGUGCACAGGACUAAAGAAGUCGCACAGGACUGAAUUCUACAGGGAUUUAUCCCAAGCUAAACCAAGUGAUUUUACAUCCAAUCCUAUGGAUUCUAAGAGAAGAGCAGAAAGUUGGAAGAAGAACAGGAGACAGUUGGCAUAUUCUACGGUGGGAACUCCUGAUUACAUAGCUCCUGAAGUGUUUGUCAAAACUGGCUACAGCAAUGCUUGUGAUUGGUGGUCAUUGGGAGUCAUUAUGUAUGAGAUGCUGAUUGGUUACCCUCCUUUUUGUUCCGAAACACCUCAAGAAACGUACAGGAAAGUAAUAAACUGGAAAGAAACCUUAGUUUUUCCACCAGAAGUACCUAUUUCCAAUGAAGCAAAGGAUCUAAUCCAGGGGUUUUGUAGUGAAGUUGAUCUAAGGAUUGGCUCUGUAGGUGGUAUUAAAGAAAUACAACAACACACUUUCUUCAGGGGUGUUGACUGGGAACAUAUUCGAGAAAGACCUGCUGCCAUACCUGUAGAAGUAAAGAGUAUAGACGACACUUCUAAUUUUGAUGAAUUUCCAGAUGUAGAUUUGAAGAUUCCUGCUGCGCCACCUACAACCACAGAUGAGCAGUCUGGAUACAAAGAUUGGGUGUUCAUUAACUAUACUUUCAAGAGGUUUGAAGGUCUGACUCAGCGAGGAAAAGGAACGAAAAAGAGUUAAAAAUAAGAAAAAAUUAGAGUUGCUGUAAUUGAGACUAAAAUUUGGUUCUUGGUAUCACUUUGAGUCACCACCACAGAAGCACUAAAAUGUGUCAUCCAGGAAUAGAUUAUUAGUGGACUAAAGCAAUGGACUGUUUGAAAAUGGUCAUCUCUAUCUACGUUUUGUAAAGAUUUUGUGCCAGACUUUGUAGUUAAAUUAUUAGAGUUCCGUGUGUUUUAUUUAUUUGAAGUUUAGGUUUGGUGAAAUUUGAAAAUGCACCCUCUCAAGAGUAGUUUUAGUAGGAUAUAAGAAACAGAAAGUUAUUAAUAACACCAAAGACUAACUGAUUAUAUUUUAUCACCAGGAAAGAAACCAAAUUUACAACACAAAGUGGGGGUGCAUGGUGGUAUAGCUAAGUAGAAAACCAUACACAUAAUUGUAUUUUUUGUCACUUUGGUGUAAUUCUGAUGUUUUCCUUUGUAAUCCAAACAAACGUUUCUUCUCCAUCAAAAUUUAAUUCUCUACAGUUUCUUUUCAAAUUUAAAAGUGUCUUCGUUUUGUUUCAAAAUGUCUUAAUUAAUGUAAUUUUGUUUGUUUUUGAUAAAAGUCAAAUUUGUCUCACCGAAAAUGAAACCUUUUAGUUUCACAGUUAAUUUUGAUUUCUCCUUUGUCUUAGAAAAAAAAAAAAAUUAUAAACUCUUCACCUUUACUUCUAUUGUACUAUUAAGCCAUUCUUUCAUCGGAUAAAUGAUAUUUUUAACAGUGCAUUUCUGCAACUCUAAAUAAUAGCCUACAGUAGUAGCACCUAAUACAGGAGUUGUUCAGUGACAUUAGUGCUAACCGUAUCAGAUAUUCACAGGAGUUAUCUUUACUAAAUGUUUGCUGGAUCUUGUAUGUUCUUGCAUCAUUUAGUUGUUAUAUUGUGUAUUUCUUUGUGAUGACUAAACAAACACAGCAUUUCUUGGUUUAUAAGGCAUUUGAAUUGCAAUACAGUGUGAUACAUUCUGCUUCGAUAUGAAAAUAAACUCGACACGUAAUUUCUGGGUUGUCUUUCUUUGCCACUGCAUUGUUUGUAUAUGGAUUUUUUUAUGUAUAAUUAUGAAAGUUUGUAAUCUUCUGGUAUGCAGUGUGAUGGGAAUUCAUUGUUUCAUUUUAAAAUAGACUUGGAUAGUGUUGUGAAUGCAACACACACAUAGAAACUUUGUUGUUGUUUGAAAUGAAAGUGUAGCACAGUUUCUUGAUUCAUUUUUGGACAGAAAAGUUGAUUGUAACAUUGUAUACUUAGUCUCCGAAAAGUUAACUCAAUUGGUGAACUAACUGGCUACAGAGUAACAUAGAAAACUGUUCCUUACAAAAAAUGCUCAAAGUAACUAUGAAAGUAAACUAGAAAUAUUUUCCAACUCUUUAUUGCCCUCGGUGUGCUUCAUCAUUCUGUUAUAAGUGCUUACUGGAUAGUGAUUUGUUUUUUUUCCACCAGAAGAUGAACUGAAGAGAUGUUUAAUGUUUGCUAACUGAAUUUUGAAGUUGUUUCAUUCAAGCUUUGUAUUGUUUAAAGGUAAUCAAUGCAUGGAGCUAAUGGUAGGAAUAUCUAGCCUUUCACUGAUAAUAGAUUUUAACACCAAGUUAGUCUAGUCAGCUUGUUUAGUUUCAGCACAUUAUUCCAUUAUUUUUUCUUUAGGCUUAGGAUAUUCCGUUUAAUUUGUUUAAAGGUUGUGAAAUAAUUAGUGUUGUAGUUAGAAGAUGUAUGAAGUUUGCAGUAUCUUGUUGAUUUUCACUGUCAGUAAUCAAGAGCAUUGUUAAUUAUUUUGAUAAUAAACUGUGUAAGACGUUCCAUUUAUUAGUAUGUUUUAAAAUAGGCUUCACGGGGAUGGUCAGUAGUGAAUGUUUUCUUCCAAAUUUAAGUUGAAAAAUCUGGAGUAAAACCAUGAUGGAGUUUAUAACUUUUACUUAGGUUUAUUACUUGUUAAGUUCUUUUUUUUUUACUUUCCACAUUUAAUUGUUUAAGUAAAAUGUCUACGGAAUUUUGUUUUGAAUACCAAGUUACAGUAAUAGUGUUUAGAUCUCUAUUUGAAUUCAACUACUAUGUACAUAAAAUGUGGUGUUAACUGGUCACCUCUGUGAUAUAAUACAUGCAUUGUUAAAAUUAUGCAACAGUUAAAAAAAGUGUGUGACCUUCGGAAGACCUAGUAAAAAUAGUUAAGAAUAUGGGACGAAAUUAUUGUCUCCUGUCUGAUAGGUGUUUACAGAUGUCACUAAAAACACCUUUUUAAACAGGAAUCACUUGAGAUUUGGUUUUGAUGUUUAUUUCAAGUAUUAAAGUGUUUAACCUAGGGUUUUUUUUUGGACAAAAUGUGGUUGAAGAAUGAGCAGUUAGAACGUUGUAGUGCAUUAUCCCGAAACACGUGUCUUUGUAAGGCUAAGUAGUUUAACAUGUUUAUAUUGUCUCGAUGAAUAGUGCUAGCCGUAAGACGCGUUUCUAAUGCAGUAAUUGGUGUUUUCAUGUUCAAAUCUUUAAAGAAUUAGAUAUAUGAUUCAGUAUUUUUGUCAACGAUUUUUAAAACUAUACAGUUUAGGAGAUUCUGUUAGCCUAUAUAACAGUUGUAUGUUAUAUGUUUACCUUUUUCUUCCCUUUUUUAUAACCAAAUUAGUUACAUUUUUCUUACUCGGAAAUUCCAAAAGUUACCGAAAAGAAGGCCAUAGUUGUGGUUGAUAAGGUAAAUUACUCUGUUGGAGUACAGUUUUGAAUGUUAUAAAAAGAAUUGUGUAAAUUUUGUUAUACUUUUUUGAAGCGCACUGGACAAGAAAUCGGCUAUCUUGCUGGUUUGUGUGCGCGAGGCUGCUUUUUUCUGUUUUGUUUUCUUCACGGUAAGUUUACGUACUUACAACGCCCGGAGUUCGAUUGGCUCGUGGUGGACAGAACGCAAAUAAUAGUCAAUUGUAUGAAAAUAUUUACAUCAACUAUUAACUGGAAAAACCCAAGUUAUUAGAAUUAAAUAGGUGAAGGGUCUCGUUUUACUGAUUCCCAGUUUGCCGCCAUGUUAGUUUUGUGUCUUUUUACAUUAACUUAGAAUAGGUUUGAUUAAACUGAAAUUAAACUAUUGAUUAUUUAUAGUUUAUUUAUUGCAGUCUCGUAGUACUAGUUGACCAUAUUUUAUUUAAUAUUUCACGAUACCAUUGAAUAACCUUAGAAAAAAAAAGUAUAUUCUCAAAGAUAUUAAGUAACUAACACCCUCUAUCGUUGUUCAGUUAAUAUUGUAGUCUAAUCUACUUGCACGGAGAGAUGUCUAUAAAUCACAUUUACUAGAAUAUCACUAAUUGUAAAAUUCAGGUCGUAGGUUAUGUAGAGACACCAGAAGCACAAAUAUUUAGUGUGUUAUUCACAACUAAAUCUUUAAAGGAAAAGAAAAAAAAAACGUACGAAUCGUUAUUGUGUUGGUAAUCUUAACUGUAAAUAUUGUAUAAUAAAAAUAUCUGAAAAUUA